CACACAAUGCACUGUAAGUCACAGUAUCUAUUCAUAUACUUUUAACUGUAUGAAUUAGGUGUGAGGCAACGGAGGUGGGGGUGGUAGUGAUGUGAAGUGUCCACUUUAACCGGACAUUGUGAAGUUGUAUCGCGGCGUCAGCCUUCGAUGCAAUGUCUGAGAUAAAACAGCGUUGGCGGCAUCACUUCGGACUCAUCCACCAAUAACAGGUUUCUUUUCGGGGAAGGCAACGUUGCGGCUCUUGGGAAAGAGAACGUCAAAUGUCGUAGUACCGUAUACUAUACUAUCUGCGUCCUUACCUGCCUAGGAUACAGAGUAUCUGUCCAAGCAUCUAGAACCCCCUGAACCCUUCGAUAAUCGUAUUCUUAGAUGAAUGAAUCAGUUGCUCCUUGAAAGAUCGACGGGCGCAGUCGGGCCAAAUGUAUUUGCUAGGCUGCACACCACGCGCUUGCUGACCUCGUUCCAACCGUCGCCACAGUAUCGCUUUAACGGUGGUGAGCGAGGCGUUGCUAUUCACGAUGGCGAGGCUUCGUCUUCCGACGCGGCUACGUCUAUCUGGGCGCACCAGGCUGGAGUGAGUGCCCUGGCCAUCGAGCGCUUUGAUGGGAGAAUCCUCGUGUCUGGUGGCUCCGAUGCCUCUAUCAAGCUCUGGGAUCUAGAGCAAUGUGGUAACUCAUCGAAACCGCACACAUUCAGACCUGUGGGCACUAUUCGCUCCUCGCCGCAAACCCACAGGUUUGGCAUCACACAUCUGUCCUUCUAUCCCUUCGACUCAGCUGCUUUUAUCUCUACAUCUUACGACCAGACUUUGAAGCUGUGGUCGACCGAAGAAGCGCGUUUAUCUGCUUCCUUCGGCCUUGGUUCAAAGAUCUACACGCACGCUAUAUCACCUAUUGCCUCCCAUCUGCUUGUAGCGUGCGGCACGCAGCACCCCGCUGUCCCCCUGGUGGAUUUGCGCUCCGGAUCUAGUAUUCAGUCUUUGACGGGGCAUAGAGGCGCUAUUCUCGCGACGGCUUGGUCGCCCCGACACGAGAAUGUGCUAGCUACAGGUAGUGUGGAUGGGACCGUCAGGAUCUGGGAUAUUCGAAGAGCGGGAGCCUUGAUUGGCAUGCUUGACCGAGAAGAUAGUCUCGGGUUAUAUUACAACGGACUACUCGGGAGUGAUGGCAAGGUUCGGAUGCGGGCUUCGGCGAAAGCCCAUGUUGCACCGGUAAACGGUCUAACAUGGACAGACGAUGGUAGCUAUAUCAUCUCGGCUGGUCAUGAUAAUCGCAUUCAUGUUUGGGACGCUGCUACAGGCCGAAAUACUCUCGCUAGCUUCGGGCCUACCAUCAGGAACACUCAGCUAGCCAGCGUCACUAUGUUUACGUCCCCCGUGGGCUUGACACAUCCAGGCAGGGAGUUUCUAUUCUGGCCAAAUGAAACCGAGAUUCUAGUCUGCGACUUACAUAACGGUGACAUCAUCACGAGAUUGCGUGGCACUGGCGCCGCAGUCGCCGGUGUCCGCUCCUCGAAGAAAUCCGAGCGAUCGGUGAAGAACCGCAUCUCCAGCCUUGCGUGGAGGGGUGCCGGUGGCAGCGGCGGGUCUAGCGGCGUCGUCAUGGGAGGGACCAACAUGCCGGGGGCUGUAUUUAGCGCCCAUCUCGACGGUCAGAUCCGAGCGUGGACACCGCGGCUCGAUGCGCCUGACGAUGAUGCGGAGGAAGAUCUCCUAUUAGACGCGUGUGACGGCAGGACCAUGAAGAGGAAGGCCCUUGACGAUGUCUACAAGAGCUUGAUGGGGCAGAAGAUCACAUUCACCUAAAUUUAGCAUGUGAAUCGAAGGGUUCCAGAAAGCUUGAUUCCCUGGCUCCUUUCGUUUCGUGGAAUACAUAGUGUAGCGUUAAACCCGGUAUUCCCAGCAUUUCCACAGAAAACCUACACACGCAUCUACGGUACAAAUUCUCCGAUAUCAUUCAUAUAUAUGACUUAUCAUGCUCGUCAAGAUGUAUACACCACUACGCUGAAACGUCGCCGAUGUAACCCCUUUGUGUUCCCCGUCGAGUA